AGAUUUUCUUUAACGUGAUUACUUGCAAGUGAUAGUUCCUCAUCAUGGCUGAACUAUCACCUGAAGAAAUUCAGCUGAGGGCCAACCAGGUCACUGAUGAGUCCUUGGAAAGCACAAGGAGGAUUCUUGGCUUGGCCAUUGAGUCCCAGGAUGUUGGCAUCAAAACCAUCACCAUGCUAGAUGAACAGGGAGAACAACUAAAUCGCAUAGAAGAAGGCAUGGACCAGAUAAAUAAGGAUAUGAGAGAAGCUGAGAAGACACUGACAGAGCUCAACAAGUGUUGUGGGCUCUGUGUCUGUCCUUGCAACAGGACGAAGAGCUUCGAGGCUAGCAAGGCGUACAGAGCAACCUGGGGAGAUGGGACAGAGAACUCGGUAGACCAUGUGAUAUCCAUGCAACCACGAAGUAUGAAUCAGCAGCGACCUCAGACUUCUGGAGCACCAAGCGGUGGAUAUAUUACAAGGAUAACAAAUGAUGCCAGAGAAGAUGAAAUGGAUGAAAAUCUUACUCAAGUAGGGAACAUCCUUGGGAAUUUGAAAAACAUGGCUUUGGAUAUGGGCAAUGAGAUUGAUGCCCAGAAUAAACAAAUAGACCGGAUAAAUGUGAAGGCCGAUACAAACAGGGAACGCAUUGAACAAGCCAACGUUAGAGCCAAGAAAUUAAUUGACAAUUAAAGCCUGCUGUCAUUGUUCAAUGACACUGUCUCUCCAGCUGCAAGCCACUGUAUUCAUGGAUCUGUGAAACUUCUAUUCUGAAAUAAGAAGGGCUGGGAAAAAUGAAGCAGUACCCUUUCUAUAGGGACUAAUUUUUAAUUUUUUUUUUUUAAUUGCUUCAUAUAAAGGUGGCCUAGACUCCAAGAAAGCAGCCAACAUAACUUCCUCCUGCUCAUCUGCCUUCACUUUCUUUAAACUGCUCAGGGCUAAAAGUGUUCUGUUUUUGAGAAUCUUUUUGUAAUUUUUUUUUUUACUCCCCCUCCCAGUCUCUCUCUUUUCUGCACCCAAAAUACAGUCCUUGACUGAAGUUGAACAAGCAGGGUAACCUGAAUUCACAGUUGUGGAAAGUUGGAGAGGGCACUUUGCACUGUUUGAAAUACCUCAUAAGUUGAGUGUCUUCACUAAAAUAGAGACUUGGUGAGUAUUGUCUGAUUUGUAUCUCUAACAGGCUAUCAGUUUUACAACCCAAACCACACGGUUGGUUUGGGCUUGAGUUUGUGGAUUACGGAAUUGAAGAGACCCACUUCUUUCUGCCUGAGGGUUGAGGGCUUUAAAACACUUCUUAACCACAUGAACUUUAACGUAAAGGGCACUGGAGGGAUAUGCAGGUUUCCAUUUCUUAACUGUAAAUUGAUCGGUUUGGAGG